CGGGGAUCCGUUUCCUCCACACUGUUUCUUUGAGGCUAAUACUCGUUGCAGUCGUCUUUUGGUCCGCCAUUGACAUCAGAAGCCAUACUGGAUCUCGGGUGCUGUAGUAAACUCCUUUCCGCACGCAUUCCCGCAGCCGCCGCAAAAUGGCGAUCAAGGGGCUCAAGAAGAAGGUGCUCGCAAAGGGGAAGAAGCAGACGCUCAAGUUCACUGUCGACUGCCAGCAGCCAGCAGAUGACAACAUCAUCGAGACCAAGGACCUCGAGAAGUUCUUCAAUAACAGAAUCAAGGUUGACGGUAAGACUGGAAACUUGGGCGAGAAGGUUACAGUUUCAAGGGAAAAGGCAAAGAUUCUUGUCAACGCAGAGGCUCCGUUCUCAAAAAGGUAUCUGAAAUAUUUGGCAAAGAAAUACCUUAAGAUGCAGCAGCUGCGCGACUUCCUGCGUGUUGUGGCACCCAACAAGACAUCUUACGAGCUGCGGUACUUCAACAUUAAUGAGGACAAUGACGAGGAGUGAAGUGAUCGCGGUCGCAUAUGGGGACUCCGCUUCUCCCUGCGUUUCAUCCGCCUCCGAGUCUUCCUCAUUAUAUUUCCGAGCCCUGACAGGUGGGAAGGUUUUCCUCGAAAAGAAGAGUUGUAAUCUAGACUGCGCAGUCAUCUGUGAGCUUCACAGUGGCAUUCGCUGAUAAGUAGCAGGUGGAUGUGGACGAGAACGAAGAAGAGAAUACUGAGGAGUAGAAGGAGUGAGAGGUAGGGAAGGACGAAUGAUCCAACCCAUUCAAGGUGUGUUGCAGCGCACACCUGGAGUCGAGAGUUUGCUUCGCUUCACGUACGGUUGAUGUGCGAGUGUGCGCAUUGCACAGUUCUUAAUAUGUGCACAUGACAACG